GAAAAAGUACGUUAAUAUUUUACCCUAUGAUCCCUAUCACUUUCAAGUUUCAGCUAAGUUGUGAGUUUCUAGCUCUUCCUCACUUCGAAACAUAGCCACAACAAACACUUCGCAAUGGCAUUGCAACUGAAGAUAAGACCAUGGAAGAAAACAGAAGAAAGACAAACACAAAAAGACCAGAGAAAACUGAUCAUGGAAUUAUCCAGAAUUCGUUUAUCUUCUCUCAAUCAACCAUUCCCAUCAUCAAAAACCCACAAAACACUCCAAUCUUCAAAUACCCAUCUUCCCACAAUACCAAUUUCCCACCAAAUUCUAAUCACAUUCUCAUCCAACUCUUCAAUUACCAAAAGAAGAACCCUAAAUCUCUCAAUUUUAGCCCUACUUUUUUCAUCUUCUCUUCCAAUUACUAUCCCCAAUGCCACUGCAGAUGAAGAAAGAGAAACUGAACUUCAAAGAUACACUGAUUCUAAAGAGGGUUUCACCCUUCUUCGACCUUCUUCUUACAUUCAAGUGGAUAAAGCAGGAGCUACAGUGUUGUUUGAGGAGGAGAAUAAAGGAUCAAAUAAUAUAGGGAUAGUGGUGAAUCCAGUUCGGCUUAACAGCCUCAGAGAUUUUGGGACUCCUCAGUUUGUGGCUGACAAGCUCAUCCAAGCUGAAAAACGCAAGGAAAGCACAAAAGAUGCUCAGGUGAUUGGAGCUGCGGAAAGACCUGGCCUCAACAACAUACCAGUUUAUGAGUUUGAAUGUAUAGUUGAUAGCACAAGAGGAGGAAUGAAAAGGAUAUUUUCAGCUGCAUUUGUCUCUGGAAAGAAACUCUACCUGUUAAACAUUUCUCAUGUCGACAGGCCAGAUAGUCCGCUCGACAGCAAUACAAGAGUCACACUGGAAGAAGUUCUUCAUUCCUUCGAUGCUGCACCGCUGACAUGAUACUUGUUUGCUUCUUCUUUUCCGCCUGGUUCAUGUAUAUAUUCACAUACAUCUUCCUGAUUAUCAGGUUAUUGUUCAUUUAUUUACAUUCUUUUCGUCUCUCUAACAAAUCAUACAAUAGCAACAUGUAUGAAAUCAAGAUCUGAGUUUCUCUUUGUUCAUUCUAAAUUUUUAAUCCUCUUUUUGCUGCUGAA